GUCCAUUCAGAAAACCAUCGAAACAAGCAAGUCAAAAAGCUUUCGUGUUUUACAUUACAAAUCUCAAAUUGCAGAAUUUCAAUUCACAUCACAGACGAGAAAAAUGUCACUGAUUCCAAGUUUCUUCGGCGGUCGAAGGAGCAAUGCUUUUGAUCCAUUCUCCAUUGAUGUUUGGGAUCCUUUGAGAGACUUUCAAUUCCCCACUUCUUCACUUUCUGCUUCAUUCCCUCGUGACAAUUCUGCUUUUGUAAGCACAAGAGUUGACUGGAAGGAGACACCAGAAGCACACGUGUUCAAGGCUGAUCUUCCUGGACUCAAGAAGGAGGAAGUGAAGGUUGAAAUUGAAGAUGACAGAGUUCUUCAGAUUAGUGGUGAGAGGAAUGUUGAGAAAGAAGAUAAGAACGAUGAAUGGCAUCGCGUUGAGCGUAACAGUGGAAAGUUUGUGAGGAAGUUCAGGUUGCCUGAGAAUGCUAAAAUGGAUCAAGUGAAAGCUUCCAUGGAGAAUGGUGUUCUCACUGUCACAGUUCCAAAAGAAGAGAUUAAGAAGCCUGAAGUCAAGUCAAUUGAAAUUUCUGGUUGAAGUUUUCUUGGUUGUAAUGUUAAACUUUUGUGUGAUGUGUGAGAUAUGAUGAUGUAACCUGUGAAAUGUUUUCUGCAUAAAUAAAUAUUUGUUGUUGUUCUUGGUGUUA